ACAUUCGACCGCUGUGCACCGCGAGAAACGACCGCGCAAACUCGACGACAGCCUAGGCUGAUCGAAAAUUCGCGACUUUAUGACUGUUAGAUAAAUAAAACUUGUCUGCUGCCAACACAAGAUAAUAGAAAUAUAUUUUACUGGGGGCAUACUUCGAGUGACGAGAACAUCAUCGUCGCUGCCCAAGAAGCUCUACCAUUGUGAUUCACUAAUGGGAGUUCGCCAGAAUCCCUGGACACCUACUAAGAGACGGGGACCAAUCGCUGCUGAGGCUUCUAGUCCAGGACCUGCUGUUGUGUCUCUACCAACCCUUAUAGGCAAACCGCCUCAAGAGUCACGUAAACCUCGGGCUCCCGCAUUUACCUUCGGACAGAAACUCGACGCCUUCGCUAGCUCCAAAGCCGGCCCCGGACCCGCUUCCUACAAUACAGAAGGAAUGACAGCUAAAGCUCCCAACGUGUAUUCCAUGCCUCCUGUACUUGGUGAAGCCAAGGAAGGCAACAAGCGCGCAGCCCCAGCAUUCAGCAUCACGGGAAGAGGUAGAGCCGCGGAAUCGAAAUUACCAAUGCCAGGUCCUGGUACUUAUACACCUGAUAAAGCAGCAGUGGCACUGACGAAGAGACCUCCAGCGUACACCAUGGCACCUAGGAGAGAGGUCAAACCUCCUUCUGCAGCUGUCCCAGGCCCAGGGGUUUACUGCCCGGAAAAGAGCGAUGUGAUUAGUGAAAAAUCACACAAGUAUACUAUCGCCAGUAAAAUGAAGAUGAAAAAGGUGGACCAAUUACCAGCUCCUAAUACCUACAACCCAGAAAAGGCAGACCGCUUUAUGAGAGAGAAAUCACCUGCAUUUUCAUUUAGAACAAAAACUGAGAUACACAAAGUACAUGAUGCACCCGCUCCCAAUAUAUAUUCGCCAGAGAAGUCACUGCACUCAUUAAAGAAUGGUCCAAAGUAUACCCUGGCAGGUAAAGGAGUUGCUGAAAAGCAUGAAACUACUCCAGCACCUAAUAGUUAUAAUCCUCAAAAAGCUGAUAAGCUGCUACAUGAGAGUUCUCCAGCGUAUUCUAUAAGGUCUAAAGAGAUUGUGGAAAAAAUAGAGCAAACUCCUGCUCCCAAUGUUUAUGCUCCUGAAAAGUCUAUGCAUAUGUUAAAUGGUGGACCACAGUUCACUAUUUUAGGGAAAAGUGUCUGUUCUAAGAUAUUAGAAACACCAGCUCCUAAUUCCUAUGAUCCACAAAAAGCUGACAAAAUACUACAUGAGAGUUCUCCAGCUUAUACCUUUAGGGUAAAAGAGCAAACUGUGAUGCGAUGUGAGUCACCAGCGCCCAAUGUUUAUGCUCCUGAAAAGUCUAUGCAUAUGUUAGAUGGAGCGCCAAAGUUCACUAUUAGCGGAAAAGGACCAACUGAAAAAAUUCCUGACACCCCUGGGCCUAAUGUUUACUGUCCAGAUAAAGCUGAUAAAUUAUUACACGAAUCAUCUCCAGCAUAUACAUUUAGAAUGAAGGAUCAAGUGGUUAAAAGUAAUGAAACUCCUGCUCCAAAUGUUUAUUCACCUGAAAAGUCAAUACACAUGUUAGAUGGAUCUCCAAAGUACACAUUAUCUGGUAAAGGGCCUUCUCCUAAAUUUGAUGAUAUUCCUGGUCCCAAUGUAUAUUGCCCAGAUAAAGCUGAUAAACUUUUACAUGAAUCAUCUCCUGCUUAUACUUUUCGCCCUAAAACAAUAUUAGAUAAACCAAAUAAUGUACCGGCACCAAAUUCUUAUGAUCCACAUUUGUUGGAUGGAACUCCAAAAUUUAGUCUGUAUGGAAAAGGACCUGAUUCAAAGCCAUCAGAUACUCCAGGUCCAAAUGCUUAUGAGCCUCAUUUACUCGAUGGAACACCAAAAUAUACGAUUGCAGGAAAAGGUCAACCUGGAAAAAUAUCUGAUGUGCCUGCUCCUAAUGCAUACAACCCACAUUUACCAGAUGGUACUCCGAAGUUUUCAUUGAGUGGUAGAGGACCUGAAGGCAAACCAUCAGAUACUCCUGGCCCUUGUAGUUAUGAUCCUCAUUUACCGAACAACUCUCCUAGAUACACAAUGUCAGGAAAGGGUCCGGAUGGAAAAGUAUCAGAUAUACCGGCUCCAAAUGCAUACGACCCUCGUUUAUUAGAUGGUACACCGAAGUACACUUUAUCUGGAAAAGGACCAUCCGGCAAACCCUGCGAUACCCCAGGACCAAAUGCUUACGAUCCUCAUUUACCUAAUGGUACUCCCAAAUUUACCAUCAGUGGCAAAGGACCUGAUUUCAAAAUAUCUGAUGUUCCUGCUCCAAAUGCUUAUGAUCCUCAUAUUCUUGAUGGUACUCCAAAAUAUACAAUUUCAGGUAAAGGUCACCCAAGUAAAAUCGUUGAUACACCAGGCCCUAAUGCUUAUUGUCCAGAAAAAGCAAAUAAAAUACUUCAAGAAAGUUCUCCUGCGUACACAUUCAGUCCUAAACAUCCAGAUCACAAAACAGUAGAUACACCCGCACCAAAUGCUUAUGAUCCGGGCAAAUAUCAUUAUAUGUUAGACGGAGUACCGAAAUAUAGCUUUGGUGUUAAACCUCCAGCUGAGAAACCUCAUAAUAAUCCAGCUCCUAAUGCAUAUAGUCCAGAAAAAGCCGAUAAUGUUCUUCAUGAAUCGUCACCCGCUUAUACUUUUAGACCAAAAGUGACUAAUGAAAAAAUUGAAGCUACUCCAGGGCCUAAUGUUUACAAUCCAGAAAAGGCUGAUAAGAUUCUAUUGGAUAACGCUCCACGUUAUUCCUUUAGGAUAAAAACAAAUCCCCAUAAGCCAGACAAUGUGCCCGCACCUAACAGUUAUAAUCCUGAUAAAGCAGAUAAAAUAUUGCUACAUAAUUCCCCGCAAUAUACGUUCAGAAUAAAAACAGAUAACUUAAAAUUAGUCGAUACACCAGCACCGAAUUCUUACACGAUACCAACGCCAGUAAAGACUCCUCUCUACACAAUUUCGGGAAGACACAAAGAUCCCAUUGACGAGAGAUUGAAAGUGCCGGCCCCGGGAAGCUAUAAUCCAGAAAAAGGAUACAAGUUUGUGUUGACUUAUUCGCCGCAGUAUACUUUUGGGGUCAAAAUUCACACUGAUAAAUAUACACACACACCAGCUCCUAACACUUAUCGUAUACCUUCGGUGCUGGAUACUCCAGUAUAUACGAUAUCCGGCCGCCACAAAGUUCCAGUAGAUGACCGCGUGAGAGUCCCUGCGCCUGGCACUUACUCCCCUGAAAAGGUGCAACUCAGUAAGACACCGCAAAUAACCUUCGGAAUUAAACAUUCGCCCUUAUUGGGUCAUCUCAAACCGAUUCAACCUAUAAGCUCUAUUCAAAGAGAAAUUAACCAGAAACAAACAAUACACAAUAUAUCACAGACUGCUCAGAAACAAGUGACUCAAGUAGAUCAAGAUAACAAAGCAGUAAGACAAAGUAACAACGAACAAAAUGAUGUUAACCAACAAAUUAUAAGAAAUGAGUCGAAUUCAUUGGAAUCUGUGCAUAAUACUAAAACGCAAGUUACUCAAGUGAGAGCAGAAAGCGAAAUUAGAAGUACUACUGCAACACCGGAACCUGUUCAAGAAGUUCUUAGUCAAGAUUUGGUUUGGGUUCCGGAACAGCCACUCCGCCGUGGCUCCUAUACUAUCGAUAAAGACGAUAGGUUCUCGGAACACUACUCCCAUAACGAAGUUGUUCCUGUGGAGAAUGGGUUAAAGAUAGCUGCAGUCAGUGGGGAACGAGGUGCAUCGUGUACUGAGGAGUCUGCUAAUCAUACCAUUAAAAGACAAGGAUUUGAACAAAAUGUCCAAAAGAAUGUUAAGAAUGCUAGUGCUCAUGAAAAAUCUCAAGCUGUAUCUGAAGAAGUGCGAUCUGGAACAGAAGUAGAGAAUCUUCCUAAUGGUGGUUAUGCUACGACUACAACUACGACUUCUAUUAAACGAGUAGGAACAGCUGCAAGAAAAGCAAAUAGUACGACCACUGUAACUCGUACUGCUACUGCAGUGACAUCACGAGAUAUUGGAGUAAAGUAAAUCAAAAUAAUAGGUUUACUAGGUGUCGCAGUUUGUUGAACUAAUUAUUACUAGGUACUAAGACUACUCAUACCUCGCUUGUGAAAAAUUUAACUGGACAAACGAUUAGAUUAAUAUUAUUCUUUCUUCUCGAAUCUCGAAACGAAAAUACCAUAUUAUUUAUUUAGUUAUAAUAUACUUUAAUAUGAUGUUAAAUAUAUUUUGAUUAUUUUAUUAACUUUACUAAUGUUAAUUUCGAUUUGAAAUAUUAAUAAACGUUUAUUUUUUAUUUAUUUA